CUCUCCUAUUUAAAGGCUCGCGGAAUCUGCUUCUUCUUCCCCUUCUUCUGCGUGGACACAGAAGGCGAAGUUUUAGGACGCGGAGGACACGAAGGAAAACGUUUUGGAAGUCCUGGGUGUUCGAAGGAAGAGGAAAGCAAGAGGAAGGUGUUCUGGAAGGAAGUUCCUUGUGGGGAAGCGGUCGCCGGCGUCGAGAACGAAGUCGAAGUCAGGAUGUUCCUUGUGGCAGGAGUCCUCGCCCUCCUGCUGUGGCGCGUGCCGGGCGGCAACGCCUCGCCCGUGGUCUUGGUCGACCAGGACGGCGUCGUCAACGCCACCUACGUCCCCUACGCCGUCCUCGCGGCCCUUGGCUACGGCGCCGUCGGUCUUGCAGGCAUCCACGCCUACAACCUGUGGGCGCCCAUCCUCAGGAAAAACGACAUCAGAGGCGCACCAGAUCCCACACUAGCGCAUAGCAACCGCGAGCAGAUGCGAGACUGGCUUGAGAGAGUGGUUGGCAUGGAGCCCGGAAGGUCACCUGUGCUGGAGGAUGUCAGGGGUGCUGUGAAACCUUUUGUCCCCUUCCGAAGACAAGACGAGACCCAACUCGCCUCUGAACACGCCCACGCCUCCGCCGUCCACGCCGUCCCAGCAGCCCCACGCCCUCCCCACCCACGCCCAGUCCGACCAGCUCCCCCUCAGAAGAAACGCAGGGACCCCUUCGUCAGGCAGAAGCCGCGGCAGAGACCUGUCAUAAGACCCUGAGGCUUUUGACUUAUUUGACUUCGAUGACAGAGGAAGGGAAGAGGGAAAGACAGAUUUGCUGCUCUUUAUCUCUAUAGUUAUUAUAGUUUUUAUUAUUAUCAUUAUUGUUAUCAUUAUUAUUAUUAUUAUUAUUAUUAUUAUUAUUAUUAUUAUUAUUAUUAUUAUCAUUAUUAUUACUUUUUUUUUUCUUUUUCUUUUAGCGUGUCGGUGUUGUAAGAUCUUGAAUGCUUUUUGUUUGUUUGUUUGUUUGUGUGUUUUAGGAUCCUGCGAGAUUUUAUGGGAUUCUGAAUGAUUUUUUGUAAGAGUUUGAGAGAAAAUAAUGUGUGAAGGAUCUCACAAGGGAUUUUUUUAUGUUUUGAUGUUUAUUUGUUUAUUUAUUUGUUUAUUUAUUUACUUCAAUUAUUUAUUCCUUUAGGAUGUAGAAGGAUUUUCAUUAGAGCUUGAAUUUUUUUUUUGUUGUAAGAUCUGGAAGAAUCUUUUAUUUUCCUAUCUUAAUGGAAGAUCUUAAAUCAUGUUGAAAAAAAAAUGCUAGAGAGAUAAUGAGCGACUGUCUUUUCAUUUCUUUCUCUUUCUUUUAUUUAAGACGAAAUGAACUGAAAUGACGCUCAAAUUGUUAUUGUUGAGUUUGUUUGUUUGUCUGUUUCAUAACUCGGCUUGUGUGCAGAUUUGUUGUUAUUUAUUACACAAAUAAAGUUGUUUCCUAUA